AUGGGAGGGUUCUCUCAGUUUGUGAGAACACAGCAGUUUGUCACAGCAACCCUGGGAGAAGAUGCAGUCUUAAACUGUGAGCUCAUGAAAACCAAAGACGUGCGAGGAGUGUCAAGAGGAGACGAGUCCUGCUACAAGUGUCUGUUUAACAUCUUUCCAGAUGGACCUAUCAGCGGAACGACCUGCCUCCAAGUCAAUGAGCUGUAUGGACCCUCACUCCUCAUCACACAAACCAACAACAGUCACACCACUCUGUCCUGUUCUGCUACUGGACGACCUGCUCCUAUAGUGACCUGGGAUGACAUGAUGAUAGAACAUUCCACCACGGUCGAUGUCACCCAUCCCAAUGGAACUAUCACUGUGACAACUACUGCAACAGUGGCAGUGGCCAGUCUAACUGACAAAGAGGUUAGGUGUGUUGUGUCACUGUCCUUCAGUGAUGUCACCAAUAAUGCAUCCAUGGUGAUUCCAGCUAGGGAUCAAGCUUCAAUUACUGGUCAAUCUCAGGUCUCUGAUGAUGACUGGAUCAGUGGUACAGUGGUUGGUUCAGUGUUGGGUUUAGUGUGUCUCAUUGCUGUAAUCUGUGUAUUAGUGUUGCUGCUAAAGAGGAUAAAAGAUGCCUCGUCCAGAAAACCCCCAGUAACUGACCCUGAAACCAGCAGAACUCCCUUAAAGACACCACCACCAUCCAAACAGUCAAACUCGUCAACCAGCUCACCAACCAGCUCAACAACCAAGCGUAGGACGACUAAGAACUCCAGUCCGUCACACAUCAUACAAUCCCUCAGCUCGUCAGACAAGCGCAGGAUGCAACCAGCUCAGGAGGCUGUAAAGGGGUAGGUUUCCAUCUUCAUUCUCUCACUGUCUGCUG